AUGGUUACCAAAGCUACUCUUGCUCUGCUCGCGGCGGCUUUCCCGCUUGCUCUCGCUGCGCCCCUCACUGGCAGCAACUCGGAGCUUCGACUUAUCAAAACUUCAGAAGAUGACGUUGGCCAGUGGGUGACUGAACAGGAGAAAUUCGACAGAUUUACCUCAAAGAACAUUGGAUUCAUUGACAUUACUGAUAUCAAGGAUGAUGAGGUGCUAUCCAUUCUGUCAAGGCCACCAUCAGACACCUCUCUGACCACCCGUGCUGUCACUUAUCCGACAAGGGUUGAGCACGUAGACGAAGCCCAGUCGCUCAUUGCAAAAGUGUCCACCAGUGGUCCGCAAAGCUGGCUGACUACGUUUACUCAAUUCACUACUCGGCAUUACCGCUCAACAACUGGCACUCAGGCUUCAGCCUGGCUAUUUGAUCAAGUCUCCAGCAUUGCGUCUGCAAGACCGGAGAUUAUUGUGCAAAGGUUCACCCAUACCUGGAACCAGCCUUCUAUCAUUGCCCGGUUGCCUGGACAGAGUUCAAACCUCAUCAUUGUGGGUGCUCACAUGGACUCCACCGCUGGCUCGACUACAGCCCGCAGCCCCGGGGCAGAUGAUAACGGCUCUGGAUCAGUUACUAUUCUUGAAGCCUUUCGUGUCAUUGCCCAGUCAGACUUCGCCCCCGAAAACACAAUUGAGUUUCACUGGUAUAGUGGUGAAGAAGGCGGGCUUCUUGGGUCCCAAGCAAUCUUCGCCAACUAUAAAUCCACUGGGAAGACAGUCCUUGCUAUGCUCAACCAGGACAUGACUGGCUUCUCUCCAAGCAACCAGCUGGCUGUCUAUACUGAUAACGUUGAUGCAGCUUUGACACAAUAUGUUAGAGUAAUUGCUACCCAGUACACGGGUGCUGCACCUCUUACCACACGAUGUGGUUAUGGCUGCUCCGACCACGCAAGUGCUCGCUCUAACGGUUUCCCCUCUGCCUUUGUCAAUGAAGACACAUUCGAGAGGUCCAACCCCAGCAUCCACACUGCUGGAGAUUCUCUCGAUAAGAUUCAGUGGCCGGCAGUUCUUCGACAUGCCAAGUUUACCGUGGGAUUCCUCGUUGAGGCAUCUUAUCUUUGA